GCGAGCGCUUCCUGUCAGCAGAGCUGCAGACUGACAGACCAGCGCAGAUCGGAGCUCUUCAGUCCGUGUGAACUCAGAGAUGUCGGAGUCCCCGGACGCCCGCAGCCUGCUCUCUGCCUCCUCCCAGCUCAACCUGAUGGAGGUGGACACGAUCGAUGAUAAGGAGUUUGACAUUCCCCAAGUGGACACACCUCCCACACUGGAGAGCAUCCUUAAUGAGCUGGACGAUGAGGAGGAGCCUUUUGUGUUGGAGGACACAUGCACGCUGAGCACAGACAACAUGGAUGCUCAUUCCUGUGACACAUCCUCUCUGGCCAGUUCUGACAGUGGAGACCCUGCACAUCUCAAACGAAAAAAGAGGAUGGUGGAUCUAAACACGACAGUUCAUGGGUCUGUUCUUCGACACAGCCUGCUGAAGGGCAUCUCGGCACAAAUCGUCUCAGCUGCUGACAAAGUGGAUGCUGGACUGCCAACUGCAAUAACAGUGGCGGGUGUGAUCGCUGUGGGGACGUCUCAUGGUCUGGCCCUGGUUUUUGAUACCAACCAGGCCCUGCGACUCUGUCUGGGCACCAAGACAACUGGGGCAGAGUUUGGAGCUGUCUCCGCCCUCAGCAUCAACCACGAUUGCUCACGACUUCUCUGUGGGUUUGCCAAAGGACAGAUUACAAUGUGGGAUCUAGCCAAUGGGAAACUUCUGAGAACUAUCACCGAUGCCCACCCUCCAGGGACAGCUAUACUGCAUGUGAAGUUCACAGAUGACCCAACUCUUGCAGUGUGCAAUGACAGUGGAGGAUCGGUGUUUGAGCUGGCCUUCAGGAGAGUAAUGGGGAUGCGCACCUGUGACUCUCGAUGUCUCUUCAGUGGUUCUAAAGGGGAGGUCUGCUGUAUUGAACCUCUGCGUGCUCCUCCAGACUUCAGAGAUCAUCCCAUCACACACUACUGUCUACUGGCCAUGGCCUCUCUCACUAAAAUUCUGGUCAUUGGCCUGAAGCCUUCCCUGAAAGUCUGGAUGACUUUUCCCUACAGCAAGUCUGAUCCGUCCAGCGUUCCUCAGCUGGCCUGGCAGUUUGUUCCCGUUCAGAAGACAGUCAACCCAAUCCUGGCUUUUUGUAAAGGAGACACCGUCCACUUCCUGCUGGUUAAAAAGGAGGAGACGGGGACCAUCCAUGUCAUCAAACAGAGACAACUCCACCUCAGCUGUGACAUCAUCAGCCUGAGUUGGAUCAACAGUCGCACACUGGUUCUGGUAGACAGCCAUGAAAAGCUGCACGUUGUGGACAGACCCAGUCAGGAGGUUUUGGAGACUCUGGACUUGGAGCAGGUGCAACUGGUCUAUAACAGCCGACAUUUCAAAUCGCUGGCCACUGGAGGGAAUGUCUCCCAGGCUCUGGCUUUAGUUGGAGAGAAGGCCUGCUACCAGUCAGUCUCUAGCUACGCGGGACAGAUCGUCUAUUUGGGCACUAAGUCCGCUCACAUUAUGACCCUACGAAACUGGAGAGAGCGUAUAGACUGUCUGCUGAAACAGGAGCAUUUUGCUGAAGCGCUCACUUUGGCCUGGUCUUUCCACGAGGGAACUGCUAAAGCUGUGGUCGUUCAAGUGUGUUGGGAAAAUCAGCUGUAUGAUGCGAUGAUCUACGUUUUCAACAGAGGCAUGAAUGACUACAUUACACCUAUGGAGAAACUAUUUGCAGUGAUUGGACCACCACUUAGGGAGGGGAGAAGCCUAACAGAUGAGGAAGUGGUGAUGGGAAACAAACUUCUAGUGUACAUAAGCUGUUGUCUAGCAGGAAGAGCAUAUCCACUGGGAGACAUCCCUGAAGACCUUGUGAUUCAAGUCAAGAACCAGGUGUUUGACUUCCUGAUCCAUCUUCAUUCAGCUGAUUGGUCAGAGGAGGAGGAGGUGUUCCCCUUUAUUCGUACACUCCUCCACUUUGACACGCGGGAGUUCCUCAACGUCCUCGCCAUGACAUUUGAAGACUUUAAGAAUGACAAGCAGGCCCUUGAGUACCAGCAGAGGAUAGUGGACAUCUUACUGCAGGUUAUGGUGGACAACCCAGACUUCACCCCCUCCCAGGUGGGCGGGCUCUUCACCUUUUUGGCCCGACAGUUGGCCAAGCCAGACAACACGCUUUUUGUGAACAGGAAGCUCUUUGAUCAGGUCCUGGAGUUCCUGUGUUGCCCUGACGAUGACUCCCGACACACAGAGAGGCAGCAGGUGCUCCUGGAGCUGCUGCAGGUCGGGGGUGUGGUGCAGUUUAAUGAAGAAAGGUUGUUGGCGUUGGCAGAGAAGGCCAAGUUCUACCAGAUUUGUGAAUUCCUUUAUGAGAAGAAACAUCUCUAUGACAGGAUCAUCGACUGCUACCUGAGAGACCCGCUAAGAAAGGGGGAGGUCUUCAGCUACAUCCACAAUCUGCUGUCCAUGCCUGGCUACAGCCCUGAAGAGAAACAAACAGUGAAGGAGAAAGUGCUGCAACACAUCCAGGAGCUGGUGACACUAGACCCCAGCAAGUCAGCUGACAUAGUGGUGUUUCAUUUGACUGAAGAGGUGCAUCAAAUCAUCUCUGAGCUUGAGGAUGAUGAGCUACUUUUCAAGUUCCUCAGCUGCCUCCUGGAGCCCCGGGAAGGGCAUCAUUCAGAGACCGACCUGCCUCUGGAACGUGACCUCCACGAGCGUCUGCUGGACCUACUGUGUCGCUUUGCACCCCAGCAGCUCCUGAGCUUCCUCCAGACCUCCCAGCACUACAGACUGGAGGAGGCCAUACAAAUAACAGAGAGGCACCACCACAGUGAAGCCACAGCCUAUCUGCUGGAGAGGAAGGGAGACGUUCACGGAGCCUUUUCUGUCUUGUUAGAGACACUGAAGGAGAAACUGUGUCUCCUCACUGCGGAGAGUGGCACAGAGGCAGAAGACAGACGACACGUUGAAGACGAGAGAAACGGUGAUUCAACACUGACCAGAGUAAAGCUUUCACUGAAUGACAUCAUCGCCUUGUGUCAUCGAAGCUCACACAACCUCUACCAGCAACAAAGAGAGGUUCUGUGGUUUCCACUUCUGGAGACCAUGAUGGCUUCUCAGAAACUAGUGAAGGGGUCCAAUCCCAAACACACCUCUGAAGUGCUGAAGGAGCUGACGAUGAAGGUUCUCAACUCUAUGAGCAGCUUCAUUCCUUUGCCUGCCAUCAUCCAACGAAUACUGCAGGACCCGGUUUAUGGGAAAGGAAAGCUUGCAGAGAUCCAAGGCCUUAUUCUGGGUAUGCUGGACACCUUUAACUAUGAACAGACUUUACUUGAAACAACCACUAGUCUUUUGAACCAUGACCUCCACUGGUCCCUGGCACACCUCCGUGCUGCUGUCACAAGGGGACUCCACCCACGCCAAGACUACUGUAACAUCUGCCUCCAGCAGUAUAAGAGAAGACAGGAUUCAGCUGAGGAGAUCAUUGUGUUCAGAUGUGGUCACCUGUACCACUUCCAGUGCCUGCAGCAGAAGGACUGUGGGUGGCGCCUUGCUUCAGAGCGGCAGCAGCGGUGGAGCUGCUACAAGUGUUCCUCCAGCCAAGGAGGGAAGGGAGGGUCUGCCUCUGAACCGAACAGAAGCCGCAGCACGUCCCUGGCACAGACUCGUGUUACAUCAGUACAUCAUGAUGCAGGAGCAGAAGCUCACAGGAAGAAGGUGUUUGUUGAGGCAUCAUUGGACCUUCAGCAGCAACAGUCCUGGGAUCAGCUACGCUCUUUAUACCGGGGACCAUCCAGGUUGUCCAUCCUUUCAGAACUCUCCCACUGCCACAGCGAGAAGACGGGGCCUCUGAUCCCGGCCCAACCAGGAGCAGAGAAUUUCCAACUGCAGCUCUCUCCUCCACCUCUGUUGGAGGAGUAGCAUAGUUACUGUUCAACAUUUCCGUCAUUUGUCCAGUUUCAAGUAGAAUUUGAAACUUGGAGGAGACUGAGCAUUCUUGAUAUUUUCAGUGUGGAUUGUAAAUUUCUUUUUUUAUUGUGACAAAUUUGAUAUUGUAUAACUAUUAUAUUACUAUAUCAAAAAGUUUAUUUCGAAACAAACUGUUUACUAUUAAUGUUCCUCUCCUAUAAAUCCAUGUAUCAGAAUAAUACCCCUUUUCCACCAAAGUGGACUGAGUGCUAGUGCUGGUUCGGAGCUGGUUCAAUUUAGGAACCUUUAAAAAAAACUGUUUGCUUUUCCAUGGGUUAGAGCCACGUCAUUGCGUCACCAUAUACGUCACUGUCUACAUCUCUAUGCCUCAACUGUAUAAAUGAACCUGCAAACUGGCACUUAUCACAUAUUAAAUUAAGAAGAAGAAGAUUUACUUUUAUUGUCAUGUUAACACUUUUACAUGCAAACACGAAAUUGUUCUCCGCAUUGAACCCAUCCAGUUGGCACCUGUCGAAACACGCACAUGCAUAGAAACACACAUAGACAGAUUCCAUGUACACACAUAUACUGGAGCGGUGGGCUGCUGUUGUCAGCGCCCGGGGAGCAGAUGUUGGGGGGAGGGGGGCGGUGCCUUGCUCAAGGGCACCUCGGUCGUGGCGAGGAGAUGAGCUGCCACCCCAUCCAAUUUUUCUCGAACAGAUCGAACCGCCAACCUUCCGGUUAUUGGACGACCUGCUCUACCGCUGAGCCACGGCCGCCCCGUGAAAUAGAUCCAUUCAUUCAUUUAGUCCAACCUUACUCCACUUGCUCUCUUCUCUCUCUGACACACAGACACACACUGACUCCCCUGAUGUGUUCAGGUUACUCGUUGAUUUGUUUGUAACCACCGCCACAUUAUCAUUAUCAAGACUUUUCUGCAAUCACUAAAAUCUUUCGUUCAUCCUUAUAUCCCCCUGACUUGCGCACUGACACAGAGACACACACCUUGUUUUCAGACACAUCUGUAAACUCAGAAUGGGUAAAAACAAUAGAUUUGGUCUUCACCAACACAGAUGUGUUUUGCACAGAGAGCAGUGAGGUGUGGUUGAAUCACAAAUGGUCACGUUAAUGACGCUGAAGUAGACUGUUCUUUCCUCUAGACCGGCAAUGAGUUGGUGCUAGCCUGGAACCAAUUUGUGUGGCCAAGAGCCAGUUUUUUAGCUAUUGUAAUACAAAGAUCUUUUUCCACUGGCUCCUAACUGGUCCUGGAACUGCUGUGGUGGAAAAGGGGCAUGAUAGUAAAUAUGUCUAUAGAGUUUUUCUAGUCUUGAUGACCACUCAAAGCUCUUUACACUACAGUUUGCCAUUCACACAGGGCAUCUAUUAACAACACUUUUUUCUAUGAGAGCAAUUCGGGGUUCAGCAUCUUGCCCAUGGACACUUUGGCAUGCAGUUGGGGAAGACUGGGAUUGAGCUGCCGACCUUCUGGUUGGAGGACGACCGCUCUACCCCUCAGCACCAUCCGCCCCAUAGUGCUUUUUCUUUUAACUUAAAAUUCAAAUAUUCAGGAGGUGGGAAAGGUUUAUAUUCAAAUUCUAAUGAAUCUGUUUUCAUUGCACUAAAUUGUAUUUACAUGAGCUGUCAUCAUUACACCAACGUUUCCAUUUCUGCCAAGCAUGAAUAUUGUUUCGUAAUUUUCGG